UUAAAUUAGUAAGUGGGCUUGCUCAUAAAUCAUAAAUCAAUCAUUUUCGAAAUUCAUUUAAUUUUGGACAGACCUGUUUAUAUAUAUUGACAAAAGCUGCUCAGUGGCCAAAGCAAGCAAGUAAUCAAUUCGUGGCUUCUCUCUCGCCUACGUACGAUUGCUCUACUUUUCAAAACCCUAGACACCUAUACAUACAGAUUCGGAUAGAUACUUGCACAAAUUCACUUUUUGAUCUGUGGUUGCUAGAAUAAUGGCGAGGAAGAUGUUGAUUGAUGGAGAGGCGAAUAAAGCAACUAAUGACGAGCGAUAUGAUUUUGAUUUGUUUGUUAUUGGUGCCGGAAGUGGAGGUGUCAGAGCUUCCAGGUUUUCUACUCAGUUCGGAGCAAAGAAGGUUGGUAUGUGUGAGCUUCCAUUUCAUCCAGUUAGUUCUGAAGUCCUUGGAGGCGUUGGCGGAACGUGUGUCCUUCGUGGUUGUGUCCCAAAAAAGAUUUGUGUUUAUGGAGCAUCCUUUGGACCAGAACUCGAGGAUGCAAGGAGUUUUGGGUGGGAACUAAAUGAAAAUGUUGAUUUUAACUGGAAAAAAUUAUUGCAGAAAAAGACGGAGGAAAUUGUCAGGUUAAAUGGAAUCUACAAGCGCAUGCUUGCCAAUGCGGGAGUUAAACUGUUUGAAGGUGAAGGAAAGGUGGUUGGUCCGAAUGAGGUAGAGGUAACACAACUAGACGGCACUAAACUUAGUUACUCGACGAAGCACAUUCUGAUUGCAACUGGUAGUAGAGCUCAGCGUCCACCAAUUCCUGGGCAGGAGCUGGGCAUAACUUCUGAUGAGGCUUUGAGCUUGGAAGAGUUACCUAAGAGCGUUGUUAUACUUGGUGGAGGGUAUAUUGCUGUUGAGUUUGCUUCAAUAUGGCGUGGGAUGGGAGCCACUGUAAAUUUGUGCUUUAGAAAAGAACUUCCCCUAAGAGGGUUCGAUGAUGAAAUGAGAGCUGUAGUUGCAAGAAAUCUGGAAGGAAGAGGAAUUCAUGUACAUGCACAGACAACAUUGUCGGAGCUAGUUAAGACGGACAACGGCAUAAAAGUUCGCACGGACCAUGGUGAAGAAAUAAUGGCAGAUGCUGUACUCUUUGCUACCGGUCGGGCCCCCAACACAAAGAGGCUGAAUUUGGAUGCUGUUGGUGUUGAGAUUGAUGAAGUGGGAGCCAUAAAGGUAGAUGAAUAUUCUCGGACCACAAUCCCUAGCAUAUGGGCCAUUGGUGAUGUUACAAAUCGGAUGAAUCUCACUCCAGUGGCUUUAAUGGAAGGAAGCCUAUUUGCAAAAACUGUUUUUGGUGGGGAACCUAGCAAACCUGACUACAACAACAUACCUUAUGCUGUGUUCUGCAUUCCACCUCUUUCAGUUGUUGGACUCAGCGAAGAGCAGGCUGUAGAGCAAGCAAAGGGUGAUAUACAUGUUUACACUUCAUCAUUUAAUCCAAUGAAGAAUACAAUUUCUGGGCGGCAGGAGAAGACAGUUAUGAAGCUUGUUGUUGAUGGUGCCACAGAUAAAGUUCUUGGAGCAUCCAUGUGCGGCCCAGACGCGCCUGAAAUUAUUCAGGGCAUUGCAGUGGCACUCAAGUGUGGAGCAACCAAGGCACAAUUUGACAGCACGGUGGGAAUACAUCCUUCAGCUGCUGAAGAAUUUGUUACCAUGCGGUCAGUGACAAGAACAAUUUCUUGUGGUAAACCAAGAACAAACCUUUGAAAUGGGAAACUCGUCAAUGAUACUAUGUCCAAGCCACGACAAACACGUGAUCAUGCAAGAUUUUGAUACAUGUGAUACUGAAGACUUUUGUUUUAUUUAUCAAUACUCAGUACGAUAUAUUGUAAUUAAUAUUGUCACUGUUUAUAAAAUUCAUUGUCCAAAUUCCAAAUCCUCUAGGAAGAUGAAGACGGAAAUGUUUUCAUGCGGUUGUGGAUUACCCUGCACUAAAAAUAAAUGAAACAUUGUAUACUUGAGUUUGUAAUGGAAUACAUUUUGUUUCGAGUUUGGUAAA